AUGCUUGUAUCGAUAUUAGCUAAAAAACAGCUGAUGACCAAAAUUGUUUUUUUACACGUGCGCCUUUUUAAUUUGAUUUUAAACUGAAAAUACCCUAAAAUGGGCAAGCAAAAGAAAACCCAGAAGGUGAAGAAACAGCGCAACGCACAGCUGAAACGCCUGAUGAAGCCCACAGACUCGCGUCUGAAGGAGCAACUCCGGGAAAAACGAAAGAAGGCCGAGGACCCGCACCAGGUGAAAGUGCAUGAAGCCACUCAGCAGAGCUCGGCGCUCUUCUUCCAGUACAACACCCAGUUGGGACCUCCCUACCACAUAGUCUUGGAUACCAAUUUCAUCAACUUUAGCAUUAAGAGCAAACUGGAUAUUGUGCAGGGAAUGAUGGAUUGUUUAUAUGCCAAAUGCAUACCCUACAUUUCGGACUGUGUGCGCGCAGAGUUGGAGAAACUGGGCAACAAGUACAAGCUGGCCCUGCGCAUCAUAUCAGACCCCCGCUUCGAGCGCCUGCCCUGCCUGCACAAGGGCACCUACGCCGAUGACUGCAUCAUCGAACGUGUGCGACAGCACAAGUGUUACAUAGUGGCCACCAACGACAAGGAUCUUAAGAACCGCAUACGCAAAAUACCCGGAGUGCCGAUUAUGUAUGUGGCUGCCCAUAAGUACGCCAUAGAAAGGAUGCCAGAGGCGUAUGGCGUGAAGGCGUAAUCACCCUAUGGAUAGCUUAACUUUAA